GAGUCGUUUGAUAAUUUUCUCACCGAUCUCAAAAUAAAAGCUCAGUCCUGUAACUUUGGUGAUCUCAAAAACUCAAUGAUAAGGGAUCAGAUUGUAUUUGGGACGAAUGAAAAGAAACUUAGAGAAAAGCUGUUGAGAGAUGCGGACCUCACAUUGGACAGUGCAAUAAAAACGUGCCAAGCUAAUGAGCUAGCAAAGCAACACGCUCUUACAUUCAAAGCAACGCCAUGUGAAGAAGAAAAUGAGUCUGUGAAAACAGUGGCAAUGAAAGGAAAGUCACGAUUCAAGUUUAAGCAUAAAGACAAAAGCAGAGACAAUGAUCAAACACAGUUUAGCUGCAAAAAGUGUGGCGAAAUGCACAAGCCGAAACAGUGCCCUGCAUUUGGGAGAACAUGUGCAAAGUGUAAAAAGCAAAAUCACUAUGCGAAAAUGUGCCACACUAGAAAGAACGUACACACAGUGCAGGAAGACACAGAUGAUAGUGAUGAUUUAAGUGAGACAUUUUUCAUCAAAAUGGUGUCUGGAGAGGACAACUUCAAGCAGCCCCAAAACACAAGAGACACUGAAAAUGUUAUAUGUGCAGUAAAAGAAGAUAAAUGGACUGCACCUCUGAUAGUCAAUGGGACAAUAAUAACCUUCAAAAUUGACACCGGAGCCAAAGCAAACCUAAUCAAUGAAAAUGAUGUGAAAGCACUUGCAGAGAAACCAAAAAGAGUCGCAGGCAAGGCUAUGUCAUUAAAAGCGUACAACAACCAGCCAAUAAAAACUAUGGGAGUUUGCAGGCUGAUUGUGACAGCAAAAGGAAAACAACACAACAUAAUGUUCACAAUAGUGCCAAGUGGACAUGAGUCAAUCCUGGGAGACAAGGCAUCUGAGGACCUUGGGCUGGUGAAAAGAAUCUACCAAAUCAACAGUGACAACGUCAAUAUGGACAAAUUGAACAAAAUACUGUCACAAAGUGAAGGUAGUACAAGUAUAUUAAACAAAUACACAUCUGUCUUUAAAGGACAUGGUACACUGCCUUACACUUACAAAAUACAGCUCAAGGAUGAUGCUAAACCUGUAGUGCAUGCCCCAAGAAGAGUACCAGCACCUCUGCACAGUCUGUUAUUGUGCACAUGAAAGGAUUCUUUGCAAGACACGGAAUCCCACAGAGUGUUGUGAGUGACAACGGUCCACAAUAUGCCUGUGAAGAGUUUAAGGAAUUUGCAAGGCAAUAUGGAUUCAAGCACAUCACAUCGAGCCCUUUGUACCCACAAGCAAAUGGUCAGGCUGAAAAGGGAGUACAAAUCGUUAAGAGACUGCUGAAGAAAGCCAAAGAUGGUAAGACUGACCCUCACCUUGCUUUGCUAAGUUACAGAGCUGCACCUCUGGAGUGUGGAGCAUCACCUGCUGAGCUACUCAUGUGUCGUAAACUCCGCACUACACUUCCACAAGUACAACAAGGACAUGAUAGCAACAUCUGGAUGGACAACAAAAAGAGGCUCAAACUCAAACAGAAAAUGGCUUAUGACAGAGCUACAAAAUAUCUUGAACCUCUUUGUGAAAAGGACACUGUGAGGAUCGAAGGACCUGACUGCUGGGGCAGAAAAGCAACUGUGCUCAGUGAAGUUGGACCUAGAUCUUACAUUGUGGAAACCGAGGAUGGACGGACAGUGAGGAGAAAUAGGAGGAGUCUGUUAAAGACUCAAGAGGACACUGACAAACAUUCUGCUGAGGAAGAACCUGAAGAACAAAAAGAUACACCAGUUGCACACCCAACAGAACCUCAAGCAACUUCUCGAAUGACUGAACCUGUCAGGAGGUCGACAAGAGCUAGAAAACCACCUGACAGACUUAUUGAAAAUGCUUAAUGUUUGUUAUGAAAAAAGGGUACCUUGUUAUUUGUUAUGCAUUUUGGUAAAAGGUACGUGAAUUUGCACUUGCAGUGUUUAUUUGUUUAAAAAAAAAAAAAAAAAAGGAAAAACAUGAAGAUGUAAAACAAAAUAAAAGGAAUGAGUUAAAACAUUGUUAUAAAAUAUGUAUUGUUAAAACUUUGGAAGGGAGAUGUAAUGAUAGCAGUACUAUCAAGUGACCACGAGUUGGCAGUAUAGCCUUAAGUGUGUUAUGAGUUAGAUAGACGAACAAGAAUGCUUUGUUGUG